UCACUGUUUCUAUGAAUAUUAAUGAGAUGACAAUAAAACUAACAGCCUUGAUGGAAUAGUGACAGAACGAGUUAUUCAGCAAAAUGGUUAGCCUGACAGUCACAUGAAUGAUACUCCAUCCUUUUGAUUAACUCAACAUUUACAGGAUUUGAAAUUAAGCAGAAAAGAUGACACCCAAAUCUUCCAGGGGAGGAUUUCAUCAUGUUCUGCUGUCACUGGUUUUGCUGCUGGGUGUUGGAGGACUAUUCUACACUCAGUACAAGCCACAUGUGUGCCAUGAGACUGCAGACUCAAAAUAUGAAGUUUGCAAUAAUACAUGCCUCAACGCUCUCAGAGAUAGCUUCAUGACAAACAUAAGCAUCAAAACUCUUAAACAACUACCACCAAUCAACAAACAAGAGGUCAUAGAAGAACAAAACGAAGAUCAGUACCCUGGCACACUCAUACUAGCCUGGACAUGGCCUUUUGAUUAUAAGUUCAAAGGAGAAUCCUGUGGUCCACUGUUUGGUAUUGAAGGUUGUCGGGUUACAGGUAAUAGACUCCUAUAUGACAAAGCCCAUGGUGUUAUGUUCCAUCACAGAGAUCUUGGUGACGACUUACCAAACCUGCUGAGCAUGCCACGACCUCCAUAUCAGAAAUGGGUGUGGAUGAACAUGGAGUCUCCUGAGAAUUCAAAAAGAUGGACUGGGCUUGAUGGUUUAUUCAAUUUAACCACAAAUUAUCGAAAAGAUUCAGAUGUCUGGGUACCUUAUGGGAGAAUCAUAGAAGCGUCAGAGAAGGACGAAACCUUUAAGAUACCACCAAAGGAUAAAUUAGUGUGCUGGAUCGUCAGUGACUGGAACCCUCACUAUAGGAGAGUUGAAUAUUUUAAUGAACUGAGCAAACACAUCAAAAUAGAAGGUUAUGGUAGACACUUCAACAGGUACAUUAAUGAUGAGGAUUACGUGCCUACCUUGUCCAGCUGUAAGUUCUACUUAUCAUUCGAGAGUUCCAUCCAUGAAGACUACUUCACAGAAAAGCUGUUUAACCCUCUGAUAUCUGGCACAGUUCCUGUGGUUCUCGGUCCACCCAGGGAGAACUACGAGGAAUUCAUUCCAGCAGAUUCAUUCAUUCAUGUGGAUGACUUCAAAUCUCCUCAGGAACUGGCAGAACAUCUCAAAUUUCUGGACCAGAACCAGGAGGUUUAUGAACGCUACUUCACCUGGAGACAACACUUCACUGCUGAACGUAGUAUGUUUGGUGUAGAGCAAGCCUGUCGUAUAUGUGAUUAUAUAAAACAAUACAAAGGAUACAAGGUGGUCAAAAAUCUCAGUACUUGGUAUUGGGGCUAGGUAUGUGAGGAAUGGACAUUGUUCAACAACAUUUACUCAACAACAUUAAUUGGAUUAAUUAGAUUGUGUAUCCUUUCCAUCAUGUAUCCUUUCUAUCAUGUCAACUACUGAUCCAAAUGUUUAAACUAUCUCAGUCUAAUUUGACUAUUUAUCUUAAUUUGCGUAUAUAUUAAAAUUUUGGUGCAUCUGAUUUACAUUUCAAAUAGUAAUUAUAUACAAAACAUUCUAUUUGUUAUGUUUGCGUGUACAUAUUAAAUGGUUAAAUAAAUGUCACUACUCUGUG